AUGCAGUUCUCGGCUCGCUCCCUCGUCAGCACCAUCGCACUCAUCACGAAAACCUUCGCGUCCGCAAUCACGCCUCGCAGCGAUGACGGUAUCACGGCGUACAACAGCACGUGCGUAACGCCGGGAGCCGUUCCGGACAUUCAGGGCUCAGACAUUCGCAACGUCGGCAUGAUGCUGUUCCGGGCCUUCGACAUGGUUGACGUCUUUGGCACGCUGGACCCCCUGCAGCUGCUGGCCUUGACGGGCCAGCAGUUGAACCUGUACCUCAUCGCGGCGAGCCUCGAUCCCGUCACCACGCAGCCGUUGACCAUGAACCCCUUCAACUCGAGCUUCUUCCCCGUCAUCCAGCCGACCAACACCUUUGACGACGACCUCGACCUGGACGUCCUCAUCAUCCCCGGAGGCCCCGGUGCGCGCAGCAGUGACCUCCAGGCCGAGGUCGCCUACAUCAAGAAGAUGUUCCCCAAGGUCAAGAUCUUCAUGACCGUCUGCACGGGAGCUGGCGUUGCGGCUCAGGCGGGCGUGCUGGAUGGCCACAUGGCCACGACCAACAAGAAGGCGUGGGCCACGAUGACGGCCAAGGGGCCCAACGUCAACUGGAUCACGCCGGCGCGUUAUGUCAUUGACGGCAAGAUCUGGACCUCGUCAGGUGUCACGUCCGCCCUGGACCUUGUAUUCAAGUUUAUCGGGACCUACUGGGGUUCCGAGCAGUCGGAGACGAUUGCCACCAUGAUGGAGCAUGUGCCGUUGGCGGCCGAUGAGGACCCGUUCUCUGAGAUGUUGGACAUUGAGCCUUCGGCUGUCAAGCCUUGCAAGCAGUCCUGCUGAGCGAUGGACUAAGACGAGUACAUGUCGCUUUGCUGCCCCGUAUGCCACGAUGGAGGUAUCUGUAAGGAGCCACGAGACCGCUUCCCGCUUGUUCGCUGUACAUUAUUCACAUUAUCGAGACGCGCGGAUCGUGCCGGGGUCGUAGAACAUUUAGACGUAGAAACAAAGAUCCUUGAUGGAAUUGAAUAGACUUUUUCCCCCAGGCGGGACCAAAUUUCC